ACAGUACGUCAUUUCCGUUACGUUUGUAGCAGACGGUAUUUUGCGCUCUAUAUAUAUUUACAUCGGAGGGUCGGAGGAUACUACUUCACGAUCAACUCAUUUAGUUUAGUUUAUUCAAAACCAUUCCUUACAAUAUGACAUACAAUCAGUACGCCCAGGGCCCAACUGUUGUCAAAAUAGGACGGAGUAUUUCCAGAGAAGAAACCAAUACUGUUGUUAGUUUGAGAAGAACAACCACUGGAAAUCCAUGGGGUUUUCGUAUGCUUGGAGGUCGAGACCAGGGAACUUGUCUCUACGUUCAUAAGGUGAACAGUAAGAGUAUAGCUGAAAAGAGUGGUUUGAAACCAGGGGAUGGACUCCUCUCCAUAGCCGGGGUACCGACAGAUGGCAUGACACAUGACCAAGCCAAGAUGGAGAUUUUGAGGGCAGGAAACGAACUUGAUUUCUUUGUCAGAAGAAACGCCGUGUCUGUCGCGACAGAAAACAUCAAACGUCAACAAAGUACGGAAGAGCCCAGGGCGGAGAUUAUCGAAGAGCCUUCAGUGUUCGAUACUGGAUACCAAAACCCAAACGUUCAGUCAAGAUCGUUCAAAAUCCUCCAGGAAUCCCUCAACUAUACAGAUGCUGCAGAUAUUGUUACGGAUUACCGAUCCCAGAGCAUACCAGAGGAAGGAUUAUUGCCCAUGCAAGCUUUUCUCUAGUUCCGGAAUAACCUAUAAUAUCGACACUGACAUGUUUUGACCAGUUAACAACGAUGGGAAGCAACCAGGCUUCUACUACUGUCCUAUGUCUUCAAUCAAAAACUGAUGCACUCUAUGCCAUUUGUGAACUGACAAGAUGAACUCGUGCGACACGUCACCCAUCUGUAGUCAGCACCCAAGUGACCACUGUCAAAACGUUGGCUAGUGUUCAUCCAGGUUCGGAUCAUCACGAGGAGUUCGAGCAAGAGCAACAAAUCACCCUCUUUUCUGAUAUUUUGGAAUUUUCAACAUGAUGCUUCGUUGUCCAGCCUCCCAUUUGAUGAAGAUAAUGAAGAAUUAAUUGAACUUUUAAGUCAAUAUCAACUCUAUAAACAUAAUCGGUGGUAGAAUUCUUUACAUAUAAUGCGGUUGGUUUGAUUUUCAUUUUAAGAAAAAGUUCCAAAUAAAAUGUCUGUGCCUGUCCCUUACAUAUGUUCCUGAAAGAAGACUGCUUCCAGGGUUUGUAUAUUUUGUAAAGGUAUAAUGGUAGAAAUUCGAAUGUGAUGUAUAGAGUAUAUUAUUAUACUAGGCACAGUUAAAAAUUGUGUUUUAUUAUCCUAUUUAUUCAUAAAAGCUAUUAUCAACAUGUUGAGCAAUUUCCAAGUAUAUAGAUGUACAUUUUGCAAUAUUGUAAACAUUUACCUGUUAUUAUGGCCUGGAGAUGAUUAUGUUCUAUGCAUUACGUGUAAACUACAAGACACCCAUGCAUAUGUCAAUGACUUCUCUUGUUGACGGCUUUAGGAAUGUUUUCAGACCUUUCGUGUGAACAAAUGUAUUUAUAAAAUAAAUGUAAAAAUAA